GCAAGAAGCUCAGGUUACGAGAUCUGUUGCUUCCCCCUUUCCCUCCCCCAGUCUCGAAGGAUUAGGGUUAAGGUUCGUUUUUUGAAGUGGCCUCGAUUGAAACCUCAUCGGGUUCAGGGCGCUCUGGAGCUGCGAAUCACCUCCCAUUAUUCAAACCCUGGUUCUCUUCCUGGUUUUUGAUCGCUGUGAGAAACGGCGUUUCAAGAAAGCUAAGUUCUUUCCUCUUUUUCUCUGCAGAAUGUUAGGGAUUUUAAGCGAUUUUCUCAUCCGCUUCACUUAGCUUUUGUUAUUGGCUCCGUUAUUUAAGAAGUUGGGGCUUGCAUUUCAAUCAAGAAGGAAAUCAGGGCUCUGAAUCAUGUGGAUGAAGUUGAAUUGGUGAAGCGGGUGCGAGGAAGAAGAGGAGUUAGGGCUAGAGUUUUCUCUCUUUUCUUUCCCUCAAAAAGGUCGGAGCUUUUAUUUCUAGUCGUUUGAAUUAGGGUUUUUGUGGCAAUCCUGAGGUAGAAGUGGAAUGAUUUGAGGGACUUUUCUGAUGAGCAUCUCUCCAUGUACAUUGUUUCUCUUUGCGACAUGAAGUAGGUUCUUUGCUUGGGUUUGUGGGAAUCACGGCUACAAACAUGGAUCAUGAGUAAAUUAGGGUUUUGGAAGAAGAUUUUCAGUCAUUAUUUGCUUCUGGGAAUUCGUGGAGAAACCUAAACUAGUUUUCAUGAUCUGUGGAGUUUAGUCCUGUUAUCUAGUUUCGAUUGGUUCCAAGAGUUAAUUUAACAAGAUGAGUGAGACGAAAGAUAGCAGUGAAUCAUCAGACCAAGAAAUGCCGGAACUUUCAGACGACGAGCUGAUGGAUGAGGAGGCUGAAGAUGAGGAAUUCUCACCUUUAAUUGAGAAUCCUAUGGGGCAGAACUCUGAGUUUCAAACAGAAGCUUUUGCGGGAGCUUCUCGGGAACCUGCUUCAGUUGAACAGACUGCUAGAAGUGAUAGGAUACCUCCUGACCUCAAAAAUAAUGAUGAAGAUCUUGGUCCAAUGAUCGGGAAGGACAGUGCCUCAGCUCACAUUGAGGCAUCUGAUAUCAGGACUGGCGAGGAGCGUGAGCUGGAUAAUGUACAAUUGGAGAAUGGAGGCAGAUCUGUUGCAAUAGAUAAUAAUGCAGCUCAUUCUGAAGAAUUUACAGAGGCCUCACUGAAACAGGAAAAGCAAUGUGGAGAGUACCCAGCCCACGUGGAGGGUUCAAACCAGUCUUACACUUUUGACUCAUUCCUGGAUGGUGAUGACUCUGGAACAGAGGAAGAACAGGCAGCCUUCAUUAAGGAGCUUGAGAAUUUUUUCAGGGAGAGGAGCAUGGAGUUUAAGCCUCCCAAGUUUUAUGGAGAAGGCCUAAAUUGCCUCAAGUUAUGGAGGGCAGUGACUAGAUUGGGUGGUUAUGACCAGGUGACGUCGUGCAAGCUGUGGCGUCAGGUGGGAGAGUCUUUCAAGCCCCCUAAGACCUGUACUACUGUAUCUUGGUCAUUUCGAAUUUUCUACGAGAAGGCACUUCUUGAGUAUGAGAAACACAAAAUUCGUAUUGGUGAUCUCCAUGUGCCGAUCUCUUCCCUUCCGGAGACUAUGGUUUCUGAUCACCAGGUAGGUGGAAAUCAAUCAUCAGGCUCAGGUAGAGCCCGGAGGGAUGCUGCAGCACGUGCUAUGCAGGGUUGGCAUUCUCAACGCCUACUUGGUAAUGGUGAGGUUGGAGACCCGAUCAUUAAGGAUAAAAGCCCAAUGCCUCUUGUGAAGCAUGAUAAACUUAAAAGUUUACUAAGGAGGAAGAAAGCAUCUAGCCUGGAGCGUGCAGCCAAAUUUGCACGUACAAAAGUCAUUAGGCCGCAAACGGAUUCAAUGGUUGUUGAUGUUGGGCCUCCUGCUGAUUGGGUGAAGAUCAAUGUCCGGAGGACUAAAGAUUGCUUUGAAGUCUAUGCUUUAGUUCCUGGACUUCUGCGUGAAGAGGUGCAUGUUCAAUCAGAUCCUGCUGGUCGUUUGGUUAUAUCUGGUGAGCCAGAGCAGCCUGAUAAUCCGUGGGGUGUCACCCCUUUUAAAAAGGUUAUUACAUUGCCUUCUCGAAUUGAUCCACAUCAGACAUCAGCAGUUGUUACCCUACAUGGCCAGUUGUUUGUACGCGCGCCUUUUGAGCAGUCAGAUCUAUAGUGGUGGGGUUUAGGUUUCUCAGACUAAUCUCUCUGUAGUGGCAAAUUUGGGGAGCAGUAGCAGAAAUUCUGUGUUGAUGGUCUACUGGAAACUUCAGGCUUGAAGAACUCUCAUGCUGCAGAGGUGACUGUUAUUGUUUGAUAUCAAGCAGCAUAGCUUGAAUACUGGACCUUUGUUUAUGUAGCUAGCAUAUGAGCUGAUGUUUGGUACCGUUAACAAUGGAUGUUGGCCCAAUAUAAUUGGGAUAUGGCUGUUGUUUAUGUUUAGGGAUUACUAAGCUUGGGUUGGAGAAAAUUGAACAAACAGUUGCAACUUAGCGUAAAAGAACACCAACUAGAUGUAUCUAUCUACAUGUAAAUCUAACUUAUGUUAAUGCAUUGGAAUGCUACAGGCUUAUCUGUACUUCAUA